GCUCAGGUAAGAGGGCCCAGGUUGGGAGGCGGCACACUCAGGGGGGACGCCGAGGGAGCAGGACGGAGCCAUGGACCCUGCCAGGAAAGUAGGCGCCCAGGCAGUGAUCCGGACGACAGGGCAGCUGUUGCUUCUGCUCCUUCUUGGAGGAGGAGCGCAGGCCCUGGAGUGCUACAGCUGCGUGCAGAAAGCGGAUGACGGAUGCUCUCCGCAGAAGACCAAGACGGUGAAGUGCGCGCCGGGCGUGGACGUCUGCACAGAGGCCGUGGGGGCGGUGGAGACCAUCCACGGGCAGUUCUCGGUGGCAGUGCGGGGCUGCGGUUCGGGACUCCCGGGCAAGAAUGACCGCGGCCUGGACCUUCACGGGCUUCUGGCCUUCAUUCAGCUGCAGCAGUGCUCCCAGGACCGCUGCAACACCAAACUCAACCUCACGUCGCGAGCGCUCAACCCCUCAGGCAACGAGAGUGCGUACCCGCCCAACGGUGCCGAGUGCUACAGCUGCGUGGGGCUGAGCCGCAAGGCGUGCCAGGGCACGGCGCCGCCCGUCGUGAGCUGCUACAACGCCAGCGACCGCGUCUACAAGGGCUGCUUCGACGGUAACGUCACCCUGACGGCAGCGAAUGUGACUGUAUCCUUGCCUGUUCGGGGCUGUGUCCAGGACGAGUUCUGCACCCGGGAUGCGGUGACAGGCCCAGGGUUCACACUCAGUGGCUCCUGCUGCCAGGGGUCCCGCUGUAACUCGGACCUCCACAACAAGACCUUUUUCUCCCCUCGAAUCCCACCCCUUGUCCUGUUGCCCGCUCGUAAGCCCACCACUCUGGCCCCAACCACCUCUCUCACUUCUUCCACCCCAGCCCCAACCACUCCUGUCUCUACCACCAAACCCGCCUCAGCGCCAACCAGCCAGACUUCUCCACAGGAAGUACAUCCGGAGACCUCGUGGAAAGAGGAAUCUAGCUUGGCCGCAGGUGCUGCUGGCCACCAGGACCGUAGUAAUAUGGGGCAGUACUCUACAAAAGACGUGGCCUAUGGUAAAGGCUCUGCAACUUUCUCCAUUGGGUUGGCGUCACUUCUGUUGGCUGUGACUGCUGGCAACUUACUAUGAGUUUUCCCAUCUAGAAACCUCCGUCUUGCCCUAUUCCCUGGCCCUGGGCACCCUCUCUUCCCGUUACUUCCCUUUCCCUGACUGGACUGGGCUGGCCCAGCGUCUGUUCUUCCAAUCUCCCCCACCCUCCCCAGCUUCUGCUGCACUGGUUUGCGGCCUUGGGAAAUAAAGUUACCAUUGUAUAUAUCCUGCCAGGGUGUUGCAGCUUUUCGAAGGCAGCAAAUGCAUCUCCCUCAUCUUUGUCUCUCCCUCCUCUCCUCUUGGUGCCUGGGACCGAGAAAAGUCAGGGCUGUCAUAGGGAAAAUGGGAGAAACAAUGCUAAGCUUCCUGUUCGCCUUCUUAUAGCCAAUCUGGAAGAUGGGGGGUGGAGCGGGCUAAUCAUGCCCUCCUCUGCUGGCUGCUGCCCCUGCCCCCCAUCUCUGUGGCAAUUUUUUUGGCAUCCAACUUCCUUACUAGACUGUGAGCUCCUCAAGGGCAGGGACCGUGCCUUAUGCUCCUGUGUGGUCAGCUUCUGGCACAGAAAGGUCUCAAUAAAAGUUUAAUUCCUUUG